GGGCGUUCCUCUCCUGUGCCCUCUCCAGACAUUCGCUGCUGCGCUCGAACUCCUUGCGCACGUCUUUGAACCGACGCACAUCCCUGGAAGAGAGGAAGGGAAGGGGACAAGGAAAAUAAGUUACGAUCAUCCAGCCUCCAUCAGACGUGUUACAACUUGACGCCAAGGCUGUACAGUAUCAGAACCGACAGAACAGAAAAAACAGGAUCGCUUUCUAACAUCACGACUAAGCGUUGAGCGCAUGUGCGAGCAGUCUAUCCGUCGGAGGGAUUUACAGCGCCGCGACGCAUUCACUGACCACCGCGCCGGUCCGGCCAGGCUGUCUGCCUUCUGCUGCCCUGUGUGCCAACUUCAUAAGCGACAUAGCUGGUCAUUUUUCCCAGCUUCUGAGUUACGGUUCAUUUCGUCAUGGUGCAGGAGAGGCCUCAACCCUCCCCACAGAGUCAAGUCCAUCUCCAUGACGACCUUCUCCCAACAGGAAGUGGAAUUCCUCCAGAACCAUGGCAACGAGGUCGGCAGGAGGACUUGGCUCUGUGUGUUCGAUCCAAAGACGGACGGCUGCUCCGACAUGAAGGACUCGCAGAAGUUCAAAGAGUUUCUCCAGGACAAAUAUGAGAAGAAAAAGUGGCAUUUUUCCAAAAGUAAGAACCGGAGGGACGUCGAGGGUCCGUGGAGCCCGGGGGUCCAGCCAGUGCCCCCCUCUCAUGGUCCCUUAGCGAACCAGGCCCCCUCGCAUAACAUGCCCCCCAACGCCAGAUCUACAAGACCGCUGUCCCAGUCCCAGCUGCCGUCAUGGGAUCGAGCUCCUGCGAUCUCGCCUGCCGACAUGCGGACGGACGUGUUCACCGCUCGGCCGUCGCGCUCCCAAAGCUUCAGGGACCCCCCGCUUAAAGAUCCCACCCUGUGUGGGAUAGAGAGACAGCGGCCAGGCUCCCUGUCGUCAGCGCUCGGGGCUCAGAGCCACGCCCCCUCCUUCCCCGCCCUCCCACGGCCCUCAGCCAGUAGCUCUUUCAAAAACCACUUCACUUUAGGUCGUACAAUAUCAGCCUCGGGGGCCACGGGCCCCUUCAGGGCCUUCCCCAAGUCUCUCAGCGUUGACUUCGGAGGCCUGAACCAUCCUCAGGCGCAGCCUCUGCCCCAGUCUCUGUCCCAGCAGCAGCAGCAGCAGCAGCAGCACCAGCAGCAGCCUGGAGGUGUCGGCCACGCGACGACGACGGCGCCGCCAGUGAGCGGCUCCAACGCCUCGGACAGAUACGCCGCCGUGUUACAGCUGGACAGCGUCUUCUCUGACACGACGCCGACCACAGCUCCACCUGGUGGCCCUCCGCAGUACAGCACCAUUUUCGGCAGCAGGCUCUCGUCCAGCUCCACUCCUGCCAGCUCCCCCGGUGUCGACACAGUGUCCAGCUCCCAGACCUUUGCAAAUUUCCCCAACCCAUUCAGCUCCAGCUCCCAGCAGCCCGUCGCCCUCUCCCCCAGUAACCCCUUCAGCAACGCAUCAGGAGGUGACUCCGGUGCGUUCGUCACUUCGCCCACCUCCGUUUUUCCUCCGUCCGCCUCCUUCCCGGCACCCGCUACCCAGAAUGCAUUUCCUCAUGAGUCAGCGAGCAACCAGGAAGCCAACGGUUUCGCCUCCUUCCCUGCGUCCGACUCCCAGCCCAAAGUCCCCCGGCCGAUGUCGGUGAACCCGUUUACGGGGAAUGUUUACCCCAGCCGAGGGACGUCGAGAAACCCUUUCAUCUGACCCCCGUCUCCUGACGUUAUAUCAGCCACCCACCCGUCCAUCUCUGGGAACCGAGGGAGGAGUGAACUUGAGGAGUCGCUGCCAUUUCAAUGCCUUCGGAGUAUUUUUCACCCUUAAACGGGGGGAGGUGUUCACCCUCCUCCUCUCCCACCUCACUCUCUCCCUCUCUCUCUCUCUCUCUCUCUCUCUCUCUCUCUCUCUCUCUCUCUCCUCUCUGUCUGUGUUUACGUGUUUGUGACGUGUGAAUGUAAUUAUGAAAUCCAUGUAUGUGCGAGAGUGUCACCCCCCCCACCCCUUCUCCUCGCUGUCAGUAUGUCAAAAGGUGUUUGUGUGCCAGUAGACGCCACCUCAGGGCUCUGUGGGAGUCACGAGUGAACGAAGCCUCUAUGAUUUUUUUUUUUUUGCAGAUACACACACAUAUACAGUAUGACGCAUACACACACACACGUCGCUGCCGAUGCUGCUACUUUGCUUUCAUCUCCUGCUUAAAAGUGCAAAAAAAACAAAAGAAAAAAACAAAACAGCCCUCCGGUAAAUACGUCAUGUUGUCUUUUGAAAAACUCUCCAAAGGAAAAAAGCGAGUCGAGACUCCGCGUCAGGAGUUUCCACAGGUGGUCAUAACAGCCUUAACAGCGUCCUGAUGCAUGUGAAUAAGCGUUGAACGGUUAAGACGGGCUUCUCUCUGUAGUGUGUGUGUGUGUGUGGAACAUGUUCAUGCAUUCGUCACUGUUUCGUUUUCCUUUCUUUGAAGGAUAAAGUCUGCGUUUUCCACUCCUAGGCUGCAUGCGCUUUAGAGGGCUAAAAGGAGAUGCUACUGAAUGUAAAAGCAAUUUCAAAAUAAAAUACAUAAAACGUGUAUGGAGACGUCAUCGCUUUUCACGUACCGGACCAAAACGUUUUCUCGCUUUUUUUGCUUUUUUUUAUUUAAAUCCUUUUUUUUUUUCGGUCGACACUGAGGCGCAGUUUAUUUCCUUUGUAUUCUGCCAAAAUAAAAGAAAAAAAGACGAGAGAUUCAUGUAACAACAUCUUUGUAAUGACAAGUAUUCAUGUUCAUAAAAAUCCGUUUGUUGCUUCUUAAAAAAACA